AGCAGGUUCACACUGAGCACACACUGAUACAUUUUAUUACCAUCUUAAAACAAUUUAAUAUGUUUAGUAGAUAUUGCGAUCUAAAGGCUUAGACUUACAGGGGCUUUAACACCUGUUUGUGUUAAAACAAUGUAGUACUUUAAUAGGUGGGUUGAAAUAGACCUCGACAGGAGUUUCUCACUUUCAAAGGGCCAGAGUUGUUUGGUGGGAUUCCAAUGUCACAAAGGAUUAAGAGGUGUGCACACACAGCACAAAUGUGUGUGCAUGUGUCCAUUGUUACCAGAUACUAGUAGUUUGUUUGUUCUCAUGUCAGAAGCAGAGAAACAUGUUGAAGUUGUAGGACAGAGCUUUACCCUGUCGAGGAGGCAAAUUGUGAUCUGGAGUGGACUGUAACCACGGGAGACACCUAAUUCCAAAGGAUGAGCUGCUUCCAGACUUUGACAGAUCAACUACAGACCUUGAGGAGUCAUUUACCCCCCCAUACCAUUGAACGGCAAGAUGGAAACACAUGCAAGGACAGUCAUCAAUGCAAGACCACUCGUCCGGCAGGGAUUCCUCUGUCCAGGAAGCUGUGCUAUGCCGUGGGAGGUGUGCCAUAUCAGAUUACUACGGUUGCCAUGGGCUUCUCCUUACAGAUUUUCCUGCUAGAUGUUGUACAGAUCGAGGCCUUCUAUGUUUCUCUGAUCCUGUUUGUGAGUCGGGCCUGGGAUGCUGUAACGGACCCACUGGUGGGGUACUUGGUGAGCCGCAGUAGCUUGACACCCAUUGGCAAACUCAUGCCAUGGGUGGUUCUCGCCAUGCCUUUUGGGGUCCUCUCCUAUGUCCUGCUGUGGUUCAUGCCCCAAGGCUCCAUGUCUCAAGCCUUCAGUGUUCCCUGGUACCUCACAGCAAGCUGCCUGUUUGAGACUCUCAUGACUUGUUUUAAUGUGCCUUACCUUUCGCUGAGCAUGUUUUUGGGUGGAGACCAGAGAGAUAGAGACUCUGCCACAGCCUACAGGAUGAGUGUGGAAAUGCUGGCGAUGCUGGUGGCCUCAGUGAUUCAGGGUCAGGUUGUGGCUGUAUAUAACACAGAGAGGGCUGGGGCCUGUCAACAGCUGGACCAGAUCCAGGAGCUGCCUCACAACACCCCUGCGCCACAGGCAGAUACACUACAGGCCACGCGUAAGGCUUUCCUGACCUCAGCGCUGGUCAUAGGCGGGCUGUUCUUCCUCUGCUGCCUGGUCCUCUUCCUGGGGGUGAAAGAGCAGCAUGCUCCCCUCUAUAGUCCGGCUAGAGUGCGUCUGUCCUAUCUCACCACACUAAAGAUGCUUGUGUGCCACAUUCCUUACCAACGACUGGUCCUUGGCCUCCUCUUUGCUGCAGUUGCCUUCCAGAUGUCUUUGGGGAAUUUUGCACUGUUCUGUACCCAUGUAGCUGGGCUUGGGGCCCAGUUCCAACACCUUCUCCUGGCUCUGCUGAUUGCAGCCACUAUAGCUGUUCCACUGUGGCAGGCAAUCCUGGUACGAGUUGGGAAAAAGACCACACUUUUCAUCGGCCUAUUUCUCUUCAUCCCAGCUGUAACAAUCAUAGCUUGUGUACCCAGUAACCUGCCGGUCUUUGUGACCAUGUGUGUGAUGUUAGGAUUCAGCUUGGCAACAAUGUUCCUGCUGCCUUGGUCCAUGCUCCCGGACGUGGUAGAUGACUUUGCCUUGAGAAACCCCUGCUGCAAGGACCUGGAGCCCCUGUUUUUCUCCUGCUAUGCCUUCUGCAGUAAGCUGGGGGGAGGCCUGUCUGUUGGAAUCUCAACCAUGACAUUACACUUUGUGGGGUAUCGUGCAGGUGCCUGUAGCCAUAGUGAGGACGUGGUGACUGCUCUUAUUGUGCUGUUUGCCCCUGUGCCCAUCACCCUGCUGCUGGUGGGGCUGGUCUUCUUCCACCUGUACCCCAUCAAUGAGGAUCGACGCCUCCAGCUCCAGAGAGAGCGAGGAAGAGUUGUUGAAGCCAUACAUUCAACUGAUAUAGAAGAGGAGAUAGGAUCACACAUUCAUCAGUCAAGACACCAACCACAUGAGUCCAGUCUGAAGUCAAGUGGCGAGUCACAGCCAACUAAGUCCAGUUGUAUUUCAAACAAGUCUACCUUGAAAAGUCACAACCUCAGAGGCUCCAAAAAGUUAAAUAACCAAUCAAACAAAUCUGCUCAUCACAAUCCACUGGAGGUCAGGCCUGAUUUGAAUUCCCAUUCACAAGAAUCUAAGCCCAACUCAGAUCACCUUCCAUGGAAUUCUAGGCCAAAUUCUAAUCACUGCUCACAUAAAUCUCAUCAUAGGAUGUCUAACAAGUCUGAAGGAAAAUUUAAAAUUACAUGGGUCUAAAAAAUAAAAAUAAAUAAACCUAUCAUUAAAAUUAUAGACUGAUCAU